GAGGGGAAUGGUUAGAGGGUUGCAAUUAUCCGGUGCAAUGGAAAAUGCUCUGAAGCUCAACGCAUUACAAGCAAGACCGAGGUUGUACUGAGUUAAAACCGUCCUCACGGAUGUUAGAAAGGGAUGUUUCUCUAACGAGAAAAUGGUAUGAAUGUUUCCAACAACAAAGCUAUUAUUAUAUAUUACAGAUUAUAUUAAUUUGUUCUCAACACUGAUGGAGAAGCCAGCAGAUUCGUUUUAUCGACAGCUUCCAAAAGUGGAACUCCAUGCACACCUCAAUGGCUCCAUCAGUGUUGCCACCAUGGAGAACCUAAUUUCCCGUAAACCACAUCUCAAUGUACAGCACAGCAUGACUGCCAUCCACAAGGGUCAGCACAGGACACUGGGCCAAGCCUUUCAGGCUUUCAAAGUGAUUCACCAACUAGUAGACACGGAAGAGGAUAUCCUCAUGGUUGCCAAAGCUGUGAUUGGUGAGUUUGCUGCAGAUGGAGUGAAGUAUCUGGAACUAAGGAGCACACCCCGUGAGGAGACGAAAACAGGUCUAACAAAGAGAAUGUAUGUGGAAACAGUCAUUGAAGGCAUCCGUCAAUGCAAACAAGAAGGUUUGGACAUUGAAGUGAGAUUUCUAGUGGCUGUUGACCGAAGGAAUGGACCUCAGGUUGCCAUGGAGACUGUUAAACUUGCAGAGGACCUCAUGGUGUCCAGUGAUGGUGUUGUGGUUGGGUUGGAUCUUAGUGGUGAUCCGAAGGUUGGUCAUGGAAAGGACUUUGUGCCUGCUCUACAGAAAGCCAAGAACUGUGGACUUAAGCUUGCUUUACAUCUAUCUGAGAUCCCGUCCCAGAAGGAGGAGUCAGAGUUACUCUUGACCCUGCCACCUGACCGGAUUGGCCAUGGAACAUUCUUACACCCAGAAGUGGGUGGGUCCCAAAGCUUGGUGGACAAAGUGAGGGAGAAAAAUAUUCCUCUUGAGUUGUGCUUGACUUCCAAUGUGAAGGGUCUAUCGGUACCAUCCUACGAUAAGCACCAUUUCCUGUAUUGGUACCAGCUGGGACACCCCUGUGUACUAUGUACCGAUGAUAAGGGGGUGUUCAGCACUGAGCUCUCUCAGGAGUACCAGCUGGCAGCCUCCACGUUUGGGCUAAGCCAGGAAGCCGUGUGGACCCUCUCUCAGCAGGCCAUCAGCUGCAGCUUUGCCCCCGGUCCUCUGAAGGAAGCGCUCAGCCAGAGGUGGGUGUCCCUCCGGCCCCAGGUCUUCCGGUGACUGCACCUGCGCCCCAGAUGCGGAUGUCCAGAUGGCUGCCCUCAGCCCUCAGGGAAGGGAAUGUCCGUGUGCAAAAGAACAUGAUGGAUCCAGAUUCUGAAGCACUGCCUUUGACAUGGUUUAUGAAAGUCUAUUUUGGCAUACUUCUGUGAGUGUUUCAACGAUCGCCUAAAAUUGAUCUGGGUUACUGUAAUUAUUAAGUAGAAGUCAUUUGUGAAAUCCCCGAGUUGAUGCAAUUUUAAUGUAAUACUGUUGACACUGGUGUUUGUUAUGGCCAGGCAAUGUUGCUUGACAAAUUGAGAGUGAUGGAAACGAUAACCCUGUACGCUACGCUCUGCUUCAGAGAUGCUAUCAACAGAAGCUAAACCUGAAUUUGCGGGAACAAGAAACCCUUUAGGGUUAACAAUUAUUUUCCAGCGAUUGAGUCUUGACCAUGUGGUUUUUGACUGGAGACCUCUUGAGACCACAAAUGUUUUGUAAAGUGAGAGAAGUAUAACAUGCCUCAGUUCAGAAUGGUGCCUGACUAACCAUUAGACAUAAAGAGGUUUUGUAACAGACAAAACAGAGUUUGAUGGAACUUCAUGGACAGACACAAAACAUGUUUUUUAAACAUCAUGACAAUUAUACCUUUAUACUAUUAUUAAGAGACUAAGCACAAAUAAAUUUAGAGUAGUAGGAAUUAAUUUUGUGAUUUUUAUGGAUAAAACAAGUAUUUUCCUUUUGAAUUUGUCAGUCAUUUGUCAUCAUCACCGUCCUCUUUCACAGUAUAGAGUACUGUGCAAGUCUUUUUAAAAUACUUUUUAAAAUAUAAAUUUGGUUUUAGAUGGGGUUUUUUCAGUAGAAAUGAGCAUUCAUUUAAAGAGAGAAUUUUAGCAUUUCAUUAAAGUAAAGGAAUUAACAUAUUAAGCAAUAUAUCUUUUCAGAUUUUUUUUGUGACAGCCAAAGUAUGCUGAAGAACUGUGGCAAGUUCUCAGAUAUGUUUGAAACAAUCUGCCAGCCAAUCUAUUCAUAUAUGUUGCAGUUUUAAAGGUGAAGGGUGGCCAUGAAUAUUGAUUUUAUCGUUCACUGCUCUUUAUAGUAAAUUGUGAUUUCUCAAAACGUUCCGUCAUUAUUUUUAUUUUUUAAAGCAUCUUCACUUUAUGGAAUGGAAUGAAAAGUUUGUAAAUAUCACAAAAUGUACUAUUUACUGACCACUUCACCUUUAAAACUGCAUCAAUACUCUUGGAUACAUUGUCCUGAAGUUUUAUUAGAAAAUUGGUUGGUAGAUUGUUUCAAACAUAUUUGAGAACUUGUCUUACAGACUUUGGUUCUCUCCUAUCCUAACAAACCUAGAUACGUUACCUAACUCUCCAGGUAAUCCCAGACAGCUGGAAUCAGGUUAUCUGAUUUGACUGCAUUUCCCCCACAGUCAAUCUGAGAUUAAAAAUGAUGUUUAGAGAUUACCAGAAUGUAAACUAGCUAGGCAAAUUAACAUAAUACCCACCACCUGAUGUCAGCUGUGGCCACCAGACUUAUUGAACUAAAUAUGCAUUCACUGUGAAUGUUCCUUGAGCAAAAAUACCAUUUCUCAUUGUUCCUGCAGUGCUGAACAUGGUAGAGGCAAUACAGAAUUACAAUUGUCUUAGUUGUCUUCCAUUUUGUAAAUUAGGAGUAUUGAACCUGCAUUCAAUAAAGAAUGUACAAUUUGAA